AUGAGCGAGUCGAGCGAUACUGCGUUAUUAAGAGUAUUGAAUAUGUGCAUGAAUAAGUUCGAGAACGUGUACCACGUGUGUGACGACGACAGGUACGGCCCACAGGGAGCCCAGUUCCUCUGCACCAACGGUACGAUCUUCAACCAGGAAACUUUCAGCUGUGACUGGUGGUACAACGUGGACUGCGACAAAGCUACAUAUUUCUACGAGCUGAACACCGAUCCCGAGCACAAUCCUUACUACCAAAAGCCUUACGAUGGACCCCUCCACAUCCCCUCCUAUGGCCCGGCCGCCCACAAGCCCGACCCUUACCAUAAGCCCGAGCCCUAUCAGCCGCCCAAGCCCGCCUACGUCGCCCCUGCCAAGCCCAGUUACCACGCCCCUUCCCCUAGGCCUUCUUACCACGCCCCCAAGCCCAGGCCUACCUACCACGCCCCUUCACCUAAGCCCACCUACCACGCCCCCUCACCUAGGCCUACAUUACCACGCCCCCUCACCUAAGCCCACCUACCACGCCCCUGCCCCCACCUACCACAAACCCUCCCCCCCACGCCCCUCUUACCAUCCCCCAGCACCCUCAUACGGCCGAGAGGAUCCUUAUGACGCAGCAGCCGACUUCGAAUGGGGCUCCAGAACAUAAAUAAAUUAAUAUGAUAAAAGAAUAAUGAGUAAAACUAGUAAACGUGAGAGACGAGCGUAAGCUGUGGAUGCGAGUGUAAAGUUUCUGAAGAAUUUUAAUAGCUUGGUAAUUUGUAUCUACUGGUAUUGAACUGGUCAGUUGAUGAAGAUUCUAUUUAUUUAUGAUUUAUCGUUCUAUGCUUUUAAAUAUAUAUUUCUAAUGAC